AACCGCAAGGCCAAAAUAACAACAAAUAGGUGUGCAUGCAUUUUGUUUACAUUACUUAUCUUCAAUGAUUUCCCAAAUGUCUGCUUUUCUAAGAAACGCCAAAAGCAGGACACAAAUUUCGCUCAGAACACAUGGCAUGCGCUAUAUACAGUGAAAGAACAGUGCAUGACCUCUGAACUCCCACGCACCUUCUCAUUAGAUUGGCAAAUACAUUAUUAUAAAGAAAUUAUAAAUAAACAAAUGACGUGCUGGGAAGUAAAAGUACAAAUGCUUUUCUAUGUUAAGUAGACUUUUAGGUAGCUGUACAGUACUUUAUUAUUCUUUCUCUUCAUAUAUAAUAUAAUUAUAUCUUCUUGUAAUGUUUUAUAAUCUUAGAAAAAACUAAUAAUCUAAAUGGGUCUGUGCUUGUUAUGUUGGAACAUAUUCGGAGGUUGGUUGGGUUCCCACUGUGGUCCAGAUCAGAGAAAGGAAUUUCGUAUUUGGUUCUGGAUCAGCCCUCUUCGGGGCGCUGUUUUGUGUUCAGGCCCAUCACUCUGACAUUUCACUCUCCUGCAUAUUCCCUUGUUCAAUACAACAGAGUUUGAAUUAUGUCAGAGGGGUGUAAUAAAAAGGAUUUAAGUGAGAAUUGGAGAGAUAAAAAUCCAAUGUCGAACAGUACACGAGUAAUUCUUCACAUUGUGUCUCCUUGCACCGUUUCAUUUGUUCCCUUUCCUCUCCUGUUGUGAGUGUGUGUGUAAUGAGGAUUAACCUAGUGCCUCAGCUGAUGCUGACUGGAAUGACAUUCAACACAUUUGCAAAAGCUGGAUUUGAAAGAGAAGGAGAGACCGGUAAGUAGACACACUUUCAUUUAAUUUCAACAUCUAGGCAGCCUCGACUUUACACACUUCUGUAGACACGCCACGAACCUUUCAACCCGGCCGACUAUCCUGAUUAUACUCCUGUACUUGGCAUGGUGCCUUUUGGCCCAAGUCUCUUGCAGGGUGUCUGUAAAUGGGUUAGUUAGUUAGGCCAGGAGACAGACAACCUGUGACUUGCUUGUAAUGACCUGUAAGCUCUUGCUGGCCAGCAAACACUUUAGAAUGUGCGCAAUGACGUGCGAUGGGGUUCAGACUGGACAUGUGAUGACCACUUGGUUUACUUCCUACUCAACAUACCAAGGUAAGAACGCACAGCAUUUUUUUUUCUUUACUACCAUUUUCAUCCAUGCAGAUUAUGCACAAUCAUAAUCUAGUUAUAAUUUUUAUUUAUUUUCAGAUCCCCUGUGGUUUUUAAUGUCCUGAAUGUUUGUUUUAAUAAGUAUGUUUCGACUGAUUCGUUCCACCAUUUUUCUUUUUUCAUCGAAACUGUAUCCAGUUUCUAAUCGGGUCAUGCCUUGGCCACAAACAUAUCAGACUCCCCCAUGUUACUCCCGCUGAACUUUUUCCUUUUGGGCGUUGUACUCUUCACCUAAGCAGCCUUUGUGUUCUCUGUCAGCAUACUUGCAAAAAGAUUACAUAGAGAAGAAAAUAAAAGUUAAGUAUGCAGGAAAACCGCUGAGAGUUGCCGGACUCUGAUAAGCGUAGCGUUUGUACAUGCCAAUGGCAGACUAAAGGGUGAUGUUCUGCAUUACUUUUUUAAAAAAAAUUUAAAGCUUCCCACAGAUUGGAAAUCAUUCGGUUCAAACCCGUGGAAUGAAAACCAUGCAGUUAAAACUGUCUUCAUUUAGGGAGGGGGCGCGGCUUAGCUUCUUACACAUGCUCUUAUGACGAAGCAUAUGUUGAGGGGGAAAGCAUGGGCACUGGAAUUUGUGUUUCUGUGGAAAUGUGCAAGACACCUAAAAUAAAUUAUGUGCAUUUUUACCAGAAUACACUUAUGUGCCAAGGUUAGUUGUAAAACAAAAGUUCAUAUACCAGAAUGGGAGAAAAAACAUUAACCAUAAGUUCCUGGAAAGUGUAGAAAUUGCCAACUAUUGUAAAGUUUCAACAAUGUAGCACACAUUUGCAUUAGGUCUUAUUUCAAGCCAGAGUUCAUGGAGUUCAUUCAUACUGAACCUGCUUCAAUGUUAAUAUUUGCCACCAGCACCAACUUUGCUAUUCAUUUGACAGAUUCCUCAAUUUAAUUUAGGAUUAAAACAAAACAAAAAAAAUUGCUUGAAAUAAAAAAUAGCGUCGAUCGACCAAUGGAUUUUUUAAAAGCCUUAAAGCAUUUUAUUUAUUUUUAUUUAAAAUAAUUUUAUUUUUAUUGCACAAGUAUACUAGAACUUGUAGAAAUAAUUCAUCUCACUCCUACCAUGACCAUGUCAGUACCCAGACCUCAACCCAAUUGAAAAACCUGUUAAAUGAGCUAAACAGAAGACUGCAAAAAAAAUGUAUCUUCUUUAUAGUGGCGGGUGAACAAAUAAAAUAAAAUGUUCAUUUAAGGAAAAAAAUAAGGAGGUAAGGGAAUCAACCACCUGUUAGUGUUCUAUACUAAUAACAGGGUGAGUAAAAUUGAUCCACAAUCCACUUCUUAUUGUAUCAUCACUCGAUUCGUCAUGAGAAUAGCUCCCAGCAUGCCCAACCUUUAGCCAGUAUCAAUUGUUCAUGCGCAUGCAUCAUCGCUGCUGCAUGGCUGUGCGUCUCUCUGCAUGUGUGUCCGAGUGUAUAUGUGUGUGUGCGCGAGUUAGUGAGGGAGUGGGAGGAACAGAGGAGUAAUGAGAGAGGUUCGAGAGCUCAAUGGCCAGUUAAAUAUGGCUGUCCCCGUGUACUAGUCUAUGCUGUUUUUCCCUUGGCAAGGAUUUUCCCAAUUGUUUUUAUUUGCUGCUGCUGCUGCUCCUGCUCCUGACUUUUAUCAAACUCACUCAACAGUUGAUGGAGAAGAGGCAAACUUCUCUUGUCUGCAAUCACUCUUUCUUGGUGACAAACCCAUCAUAGUCUGCAGUCCCUUCUGUUCACCAUAUUGGUUCCCCUAAUGGGCACCAUAUCGGGCACCAAGACCAUCUUGCGUUCACCGACCCCUUCCCAGCCAUAACUACCUCAACAAAACACAACUACCAGCGUGACCCAAUGGAGACAAAAGAUCUGAUGAUGACCAGCAUGUUGACAAAGGACGAGCGGGAGAGCGAGACCGAGCGAGGAAAGGAGAGCCAGGAGGUGAAGGCAGAAGAGGAGGGCACGCAGGAUGAAAACUGUCGACUGAUGCUGGCCGACGGUCUUGCGGAGAGAGGACCCAAGAGUCCAACUCUUGGUCAGCAGGUGUCCAACGGCUUCACUACGUCCAGCCCUCAGAGCGCCAAAGAGGGAGCGGGCCUUUCCGCAGCUUACUCCGCAGGUUCGACCUCAGGGCCCGCAGGCGGCUCUGGAUCCGCCGCCCCGCUGGGAGGUCUCAGGACUCUGGUGGUCCAACAAACCAGCUUGGAUCGGCCGAGGGAAACUUGGAGCAAGAAGAUGGACUUCUUGCUCUCUGUGAUUGGCUACGCGGUGGACCUGGGAAAUGUGUGGCGUUUCCCGUACAUCUGCUACCAAAAUGGAGGAGGUGCCUUUUUACUUCCCUACCUGUUGAUGGCGGUGUUUGGAGGUGUGCCGCUCUUCUACAUGGAGCUGGCUCUCGGCCAGUUUCACCGCAAUGGCUGCAUCUCCAUCUGGAAACAUAUCUGCCCCAUCUUCAAAGGUAUCGGCUUUGCUAUCUGCGUCAUAGCCCUCUACAUUGCCUUCUAUUACAACACCAUCAUGGCGUGGGCCUUGUACUACCUGUUGUCGUCGUUCCAGUCCACCCUCCCCUGGACCACCUGCUCCAAUAGCUGGAACACGGGCAACUGUCACAGCUACAUGUCCACCGACAGUAAUAUUUCGUGGUCCAAUUUGUCCACGUCCCCCGCCGAGGAGUUCUAUACUCGACACGUUUUGCAGGUGCACCUCUCAUCGGGUCUGCAUCAGCUCGGUUCGGUCAGCUGGCAGUUAGCCCUUUGUUUGCUCUUCAUCUUCACCAUUGUCUACUUCAGCAUCUGGAAGGGAGUCAAAACAUCUGGGAAGGUGGUCUGGGUGACAGCAACUUUUCCCUAUGUGGUGCUCCUGGUGCUCCUCGUCCGUGGGGCCACUCUACCCGGGGCCUGGAGGGGUGUGGUGUUUUAUCUCAAACCUGAUUGGGAGAAACUGCUCAGUACUACCGUAUGGAUCGAUGCUGCAGCUCAGAUCUUCUUCUCACUGGGUCCGGGCUUUGGGGUUCUCCUUGCUUAUGCCAGCUACAACCCGUUUCACAACAACUGCUAUAAGGAUGCUUUGAUCACCAGCUCGGUGAAUUGCCUAACCAGCUUUCUGUCUGGCUUUGUGAUUUUUACUGUGCUGGGCUACAUGGCUGAGAUGAGGCAGCAGGAUGUUGAUGCUGUUGCUAAGGAUGCCGGACCCAGUCUGCUUUUUAUCAUUUAUGCCGAAGCCAUUGCGAACAUGCCAGCUGCAACCUUCUUUGCCAUAAUCUUCUUCCUCAUGAUCAUUAUGUUGGGUCUGGAUAGCACAUUUGCCGGUUUGGAGGGCGUGGUCACCGCCAUGCUUGACGAGUUCCCCAACGUCCUGGUUAAGAGACGAGAGCGUUUUGUCUUUGGUCUCGUUUGCGUCUGCUACCUCGGGGCGCUCUCCACCCUCACAUAUGGAGGAGCUUUUGUGGUGAAGUUGUUUGAGGAGUAUGCCACGGGCCCUGCCGUUAUCACUGUGGUGCUGCUUGAAGUCGUCGCAGUUUCCUGGUUCUAUGGCACCACCCGAUUCUGCAACGACAUCCAGCUCAUGCUCGGGUUCUACCCGGGAUGCUUUUGGAGGAUCUGCUGGGUCGCCAUCUGCCCCAUCUUUCUUCUGUUCAUUAUCAUCAGCUUCUUGGCCUUCCCGCCUGAGGUCAAGUUGUUUGACUACCAGUAUCCCCCUUGGACCACGGCCCUUGGCUACAGUAUUGGGGUGUCCUCAUUAAUCUGUGUGCCUGCUUACAUGGUCUACCACUUAAUCAAUGCCAAGGGCACAUUCAAACAGCGUUUAUCAAAGAGCAUCACUCCAGAGCCCAGCAAUGACCAACACAGAGGCUUUAUUGUCACCAAUGCAGUCUGAUCCGACCCGCCAGUUCGAAUUCAAGCUACUUAGAGGGCCCUCUUCUGGAUCCCUUGCAACAUUACAAAACUUGGAGGCUACCUUACACCACAUUUGCCUCUUUUUUUCUGACAUCUCUUGCACCCUAUGUCUUUGUGAAGCUGAAAUCUGGCCGUGUUGUUGGAUGUCGUGUAGGUAAAGACCGAUUACAUCAACCUUCUUUUUGAAUUCAGGUUGGCUCAAGUUUGUGAGCACGGUGUCUUUCCAUUUCUCUAAUGUGCAUCACUGCCUGUUUCAUUGGGUAAAACCUAUUUUGUAUUAUAAUUAUUUUAAUUCAUCUAAGCUAUAUAGCUUGUGUUUAAAUUGCACUUUAGUAGUAAUCAUUUCAAUUCGACGCUGCCCACAUGAUUACUUUUGUAUCAUUUAAGAUACAGUACUGGUAAGUUAUGCAUUAUAAUAUGUAGCAAAAUUCAGGUAUUCUCUCUCUCUCUCUUACAUCAUUGAAGCCAAAUAUAUAUUUGUUCUACUCUUAUUUCAUGACAGUAUUGUUGUUCCAUCUAUGUUGGACCAUAAGGACAGAGUUGCUAAGAGUUCUCGACACUGUGAAGCAGUGUGUGCUGCGUGUGCGUGCGUUGGUAUGUGUGUGAUGGCUAGAAAGACUGUUACAAUGGCCCCAAGAGAAAUUUACCUUCCAUAAGUGCAAACUAAAAUGUGCAUUCUAUCAAGUGUCCGCCUUCUGUCACUAUUUUCUUCACGCUUACUCAAUCACCUUCUGAGCUUGUAGUAAUGUUGCAGAGCCGUCAGUAAUAGAAACCAAAUAUGGACUUUAUACCAUCAAGUUCAACAUCUAAAAAUCUCCUUCCUUACAACCCAAAAGAGAGCAAUGGAGAGAAAUCUAGACUCAAAUAUGGUAAGUACUGUACAACCACGUGUAUUUCCUUGUCAGUGGUGUAAUCUAUCCUGUGAAUACAUGAAUGUGUGUGUUUAAUUUGUUAGUUGGUUUGGAUUUGAGUGUGUAUGUACUGCUGCGUAGGUAGGGAUGGUCAGCCUUAUGUGUGCAUGCCGUGAUGUGCGCGUAUAAUGUACUCGAGGCGUGUGUGUGUGUGUGUUUUGAGAACGAGAGAGAGCGAGAACAUGUGUAUAUACGAUAUUGGUCUCUUGUUGUUGUCAACUGCCAAAUUAUCUAAUGAAGGGUGAAAGUCUCCCUAGUUCCUCUCAAGCUUCUAGAUCUAUGUACUAUGUCUACAAAAGACUGUAUUGACAACCCUAACUGUAUAGAAUUAAGCUAUAGAAAUAUAUGAGAAGCAUCAAAUAAUAAAGAUAUAUGGAGAGAAAUAAAA